AUGUUGUCCCGAAUAAGCCGUAUGAGUACUAUGAGCGCCCAGUUCGUAAGCGGAUGCUCCCUACUCGGGGAGCACCCAACCGCUCCUAAACCUUUCGUCAAGGCCAACCCGUUGAUAAAAUGUGACACCUUCGAGCCUUCGAGGGAAAGGAGCACCAGCUCGUGGUCGGAUCCAUUCAUAGGUCAUCACGAGCAUGAACAAUUUCUCGCUGAGCUUUCGGAACUGGAUCUUUUGAAAAAUAAUCACACUUUCGAGAAUGCUGCAUCUUCUGAUCUCUCAACUCCUAAUGCAGUUGAUUGGAAUGCUUUCAUCGACGAUUUGGAUUGGAUGGACGAAUUUGGCCCACUUGACCUGGAUAAUGUCGGACGUGAAGACACCAUUACUUAUCCGAACUCCACUUCUCCCUGUUCAACGGAAGAUUUCUUGGAAAAAACCGCUGCUUUGAUUGAUUGGAAGGCUUGGAAUCAUUACUUGAGCAAUGAUUGGGAAGCUGAUCUCAACUUUUUGUCCGACAAAGAUGAGGAAAAAUACACACAAGACCAUGGUUCACCUGUUUCUCGAUAUCGCUCUAAAAUUAUAUCCGAAAAAACUUCCUCCCCGUCUCAACAGGAGCAGAAGGUGUCCACUACGGUCGAUGAAGUGCAGAGUCCACGAAUCCCUGUCGUUCCAGCAUCAGGUCCUCUUACAUGGAUUCCUUCCAUUAAAGAUGACAGACACGUGGAAGAGUGCAAAACUGAAGUUAUGUCAUGGUGUAGUUCCUCUUCGACCAGGGAAAGCACUCCGGAGAGGGUCAUCAAACGCCGUGGUGUAAAAAUGAAGCCACCCAGUGAUGAAGGAACCAAUCAUCGUCGUUCGUUGAACCGCGAGGCUGCAUUCCGAUACAGAGAGAGGAAGCGAAUAGAGCAACGUGAACGUAAAAGAGAACUGGAACAAUUGCUCUGCCACAAUAGCAUUCUAAAGCAACAAUUGAAACAACUUCGUUGGGACAUUGCGGAGUGGAAAAACAAAGUUAAUCAGAUUACAAAUUGAUCACCUGUUACUAUCUCCAUAUGUCAUAAUGUACUCUUAUCAUUAUCUUUAUAAGCAUGUGCAGUGAAUAAUAU